AUGGAAACUGAAAACGUCUCCAAAGAUCCACCACUUCAUCUGGAGAGCAUUAUCAGGAUCUCUGCUGCAACAUCGGUGGAGAAAGCCCUAGAAGAAGCUGAGAUUUGGAACACGGUGAAUGAAAGCCACAACGCUACAGCCCCUCCUGUUACCGCACCUCCCAGCCUGUCGGCUGUUGCAUGGAACAAGCCUGAUGUAGGUAUAGUGAAAUGUAACAUUGGCAGUUCCUGGGUGGCGAAUGGCUCUAUCAGUGGCUCUAGCUGGAUAACAAGAGAUCAUCAAGGACAAAGCUUACAUCACAGUCGUCGUGCAUAUCCUUUUUCUCCUACAAAGAGAAGGGCUGAUCUAUUAUCUCUUCUAUGGGCUGUUGAAAGCAUGGUCAACAUGAAACAAAGGAACGUCCUCUUUGAAUCAUCAUCCAUUGAGCUGAGGGAAACGCUUUUAUAUCCUGAUCGCUUCCCAGAAGUGCAUGACCUACUUGACACUCUAGCUGGCUUACUACCACGUUUGGGUACAUGGUCUUUGUGCUACAUAUGGAGAAGCAGAAACAAUGUGGCUACUUCCAUUGCUGUCACCAUUAUAAGAGACCACCGUACCCAAUCCUAUGUGGCUCAGGGCGCCCCUUUCUGGCUCCGCGAGAUGGUGCAUCAAGAAUCUUUAGGAGCUUAA